AUGGAGGUCCGCAUCAAUGUCUCGAGGCAGCAGGUGGAAAAGGUGUUUGGGCUGGAGGAGUACUGGUGCCAGUGUGUGGCGUGGAGCUCCUCGGGCACCACCAAGAGUCAGAAGGCCUACAUCCGCAUUGCCUAUUUGCGCAAGAACUUUGAGCAGGAGCCGCUGGCCAAGGAGGUGUCCCUGGAGCAGGGCAUCGUGCUACCCUGCCGCCCACCAGAGGGCAUCCCCCCGGCUGAGGUGAGAGGGGCUCUGGUGCCCGCUCCGCAGGUGGAGUGGCUCCGGAACGAGGACCUGGUGGACCCGUCCCUGGACCCCAAUGUGUACAUCACAAGGGAGCACAGCCUGGUGGUGCGACAGGCCCGCCUGGCCGACACGGCCAACUACACCUGCGUGGCCAAGAACAUCGUAGCGCGUCGCCGCAGCACCUCGGCUGCUGUCAUCGUCUACGGUGGGCCCCAGCGCUGGGACAUCGUGCAGAUGGAGAUGAGGGCACAGGAUGGGAGUCUAGAAAAGGUGACAGACUACAGCCCAUGCUCCUGUGUCCCAGUGAACGGUGGGUGGUCGACGUGGACCGAGUGGUCCGUCUGCAGCGCCAGCUGUGGGCGCGGCUGGCAGAAACGGAGCCGGAGCUGCACCAACCCGGCGCCUCUCAACGGGGGUGCCUUCUGUGAGGGGCAGAAUGUCCAGAAAACAGCCUGCGCCACCCUGUGCCCAGCAUUGCACCUAGGUCUGGAUGCCCAGCAGGGCCGCACUGGCAAACUGCCCAGGCUGGCUGCCCAGGCUAACUGCACCAUCUCCUCUGUGUUCGUGUCUGUCUCUCAUCUAGUCGAUGGCAGCUGGAGCCCAUGGAGCAAGUGGUCAGCCUGUGGGCUCGACUGCACCCACUGGCGGAGUCGUGAGUGUUCUGACCCAGCUCCCCGCAAUGGAGGCGAGGAGUGCCGGGGCGCUGACCUGGACACCCGCAAUUGUACCAGUGACCUCUGCGUGCACAUCCUUCCCGGCCUCCUGCACCCUGCCCCUCCCAAGGCCACGCUCUUUCCCGCAGCUGCUUCCGGGCCCGAGGACGUGGCCCUCUACGUGGGCCUAAUUGCUGUGGCUGUGUGCCUCCUCCUGCUGCUGCUCGUCCUCAUCCUUGUUUAUUGCCGCAAGAAGGAAGGGCUAGACUCAGAUGUGGCUGACUCGUCCAUACUCACCUCAGGCUUCCAGCCUGUCAGCAUCAAGCCCAGCAAAGCAGACAAUCCCCACCUGCUCACCAUCCAGCCAGACCUCAGCACCACCACCACCACCUGCCAGGGCAGUCUGUGUCCCCGGCAGGACGGGCCAAGCCCCAAGUUCCAGCUCGCCAAUGGGCACCUGCUCAGCCCGCUGGGUGGUGGGCGCCACACGCUGCACCACAGCUCACCCACCUCUGAGGCCGAGGACUUCGUCUCCCGCCUCUCUACCCAGAACUACUUCCGCUCCCUGCCCCGCGGCACCAGCAACAUGACCUACGGGACCUUCAACUUCCUCGGGGGACGGCUGAUGAUCCCUAAUACAGGGAUCAGCCUCCUCAUCCCCCCAGAUGCCAUACCCCGAGGAAAGAUCUACGAGAUCUACCUCACGCUGCACAAGCCGGAGGACGUGAGGUUGCCCCUAGCUGGCUGCCAGACCCUGCUGAGUCCCAUCGUUAGCUGCGGGCCCCCUGGAGUCCUGCUCACCCGGCCCGUCAUCCUCGCCAUGGACCACUGUGGGGAGCCCUGCCCGGAGAGCUGGAGCCUGCGCCUCAAAAAGCAGUCCUGUGAGGGCAGCUGGGAGGAUGUGCUGCACCUGGGUGAGGAGGCACCCUCCCACCUCUACUACUGCCAGCUGGAGGCCGGCGCCUGCUAUGUCUUCACUGAGCAGCUGGGCCGCUUUGCCCUGGUGGGAGAGGCCCUCAGCGUGGCCGCGACCAAGCGCCUCAAGCUGCUCCUGUUUGCCCCCGUGGCCUGCACCUCCCUUGAAUACAACAUCCGAGUCUACUGCCUACAUGAUACCCAUGACGCACUCAAGGAGGUGGUACAGCUGGAGAAGCAGCUGGGAGGACAGCUGAUCCAGGAACCUCGAGUCCUUCACUUCAAGGACAGUUACCACAACCUGCGCUUGUCCAUCCACGAUGUGCCCAGCUCCCUGUGGAAGAGCAAGCUCCUGGUCAGCUACCAGGAGAUCCCCUUCUAUCACAUCUGGAAUGGCACGCAGCAGUACCUGCACUGCACCUUCACCUUGGAGCGCGUCAGCCCCAGCACCAGUGACCUGGCCUGCAAGGUGUGGGUGUGGCAGGUGGAAGGCGAUGGGCAGAGCUUCAAUAUCAACUUCAACAUCACCAAGGACACGAGAUUUGCUGAGCUGCUGGCUCUGGAGAGUGAAGGGGGGGUCCCAGCCCUAGUGGGCCCCAGUGCCUUCAAGAUCCCCUUCCUCAUUCGGCAGAAGAUCAUUACCAGCCUUGACCCACCCUGUAGCCGUGGUGCCGACUGGCGGACUCUGGCACAGAAACUCCACCUGGACAGCCAUCUCAGCUUCUUUGCCUCCAAGCCCAGCCCCACAGCCAUGAUCCUCAACCUGUGGGAGGCGCGGCACUUCCCCAACGGCAACCUCAGCCAGCUGGCUGCAGCAGUAGCCGGACUGGGCCAGCCAGACGCUGGCCUCUUCACGGUGUCAGAGGCGGAGUGCUGAGGCCAGCCAGGCCUACAACGCCUACACUCUCACCAGCUUUGGCACCCACCAGGGACGGACAGAUGCCAGACGGGGCCCUUCCCCCAUGCUCAGGGGGAGCUGUGUGGACAGGCCCCCUCCUGGCAGACACUGUCCCUUAACACUGGCCCUUCAGACCCUGCCUACACUUCUGCCCCUCCAAGGCCUGCCUGGCCAGGCUGGCACUGCCACCUGCUCUGACCAUGCCCUGGCCUCUGGGGCCCACCCAGGGUGGACAGUGCCUAGAGCCCAAGCCAGGCCCAGCCCAUCUGUGUGUGUGUAUGUGCGUGUGAUGCUACCUCUCCUCCUGCCCCUGGCCAGGAGGCCGCAUACACACGGGCAUGCGCGCACACGCUGGGCUCGGGACAUGGCCCCCAGAGCUCCUGCCUGAGCUGGACCUUAUGCAAACAUUUCUGUGCCUGCCAGGUAGGGGCACAUCUGAGGGGCCUGGCUUCAAGCCUGUUAGAUUGAGGGCCACAGCUGGACAAGGGGCGGCCCCUGGGUUCAGGCACACAACCACCGCACGGGCAUGUGCCCAUGCAUGUCUCGUGUUCUCAUCUCACAUACUCCCCCUCUCACACACACACACACACACACACACGCUCAUCUCAUGCUGUACACCUGGAGGCCACUCACGUCUCUCACACCCAGUAUCAGUCCACAUCUGCCUCUCACAUGCUGCCCUUCUCCCACCCACCCAGGGACACCCAAUGGCUCCUCCCUGAUCCUCCCUCUACCCCCAGCCUGGAGGAGCCCUGCCCAACAGGGCAUGUGAAUAUGCAAUGGGAGUCCCGGGCUGGACAAUGGCAAGUGUGCGUGCCGUGGCGUGCCCGCUCCUGGGGCUGGCCGGUUCCCCCAUGCGGGGUCUGUUGUGUGAAGCUCGUGCCCUGACUC